AUGGGCCUGGUCUCAGAUGGCUUUCCCCUGUGCGGGCGUCGCAAGGCGCCGUACUUGCUCCUCGCGACCUUGGCUUCGAUUGGCGCGUUCUUAUUCCUGGCCUGCGCCGAGACGCCCAGCAUGAGAAGCAGCACUGCAUGCCUCUUCACCAUCUUCUUCCAGAUGGCUCUGGCAGACCUCCUGGUCGAAGCCAAGUACUCUGAGAAGGUGAAGGCAUUGCCAGAACCUCAGCUGCUAGAGCGAAGGAGCUAUGGGCCCAGAAUCUGCUACGCCGCCGCGUUUCCCUUCGCUGCCUUGCUGCUCUGGCCGGUGGCUCGCAACCACCUGGAAGAAGAGCGCAUCAUGGGCUCACGGGUGUGCGGGCCGGACCUCCGCAUGUGGAAAGGCUCCUCUGGCUUCAUCCCCUUCAUGCUGGCCUUGGCGUCGGGGCUCUCCGCGAUCGGCCUCUUAGUGAGCUCUUUGCUCAUCCAGUCAGUGGUCGUCAACUUCUUGCUGGCCUUGGCCCUGGGACUGACGAACCAGGGACUGGUUUGCUUCUUCCUACGCCCUGAGAUUGCGAAGAUCAGCGGCUUCUUCUUCCUGCAGAGUGUCUUUCACAUCGGUACCCACGGAGCGGCCUUCUACUUCUUCACCGACACCAAGGAGCAGUAUCGAGAGGGCCCGCACUUCUCCUACCAGUUCUAUGUGACGGGCAUCGGUUGUGUGGCAGCUGGCUGUAGCUUGCUAGGCGCGGCCUGCUACAACUUAUUUGCCAAAACUUGGACAUAUCGCUCGCUACUGACGUCAAGCAGCCUUGCGUAUGCACUGGCCAAUGGCUUGAGUGUUCUGGCCUACAAGCGCAUCAAUAUCAAGUAUGGUAUACCAGACCCUAUCUUCAUGCUCGCAUCGAAUGCCUUGCAGACUGUGCUUGGUCAGCUGUCAUGGAUGCCUAUGACCGUGAUGCUAGCACAGCUUGUGCCGUCCGGGUUGGAGUCAGUGAUGUACGCGUUGCUGUCGGCCUCCAUGAGCCUGGGCUUUGCCAUCGCCAACUAUGCUGGGGCCCUCGUGCUCAAUCAACUGGGCGUGACUCCGCGCGGAGCCACCGAGGAGGAUGCGAAAUUCGACAACCUUUGGAUCGCGUCCCUCAUCUCGGCCUGCGGCCCGGUCGUGCCCCUGCUGCUGGUAAGGAUCCUCAUCCCAGCGGGGCGCCAGACAGACCGGCUUCUCACGGACGCGGAUGGCGGGAGUGCCACGGCCGGCUCCUUGUAUCAGAGGCGCUGCGCCAAGGGCCAGCCGUCCACGUAUCUGGAGCUGGAGGAUGGAACAGAGCUGCAAGAACGCUCCCAGGGAUCGGCUACGGGAAGCUCGAGUAGGGCUUAG